UAGGUGUUUAGGUAAUCCAUUAGAAGGCUUUUUGGAACAAUAUAUUAAGCCUUCAAUUCCAUAUUUUCCGGUCAUCAUCUUCACCGUGUCGCCGCCGCCGUCGACAACCGUCAGAAAAUCCCAUCGAUGCUGGAAGCCGUCCGUGACCAGCCGAUCGCAACCGCGAGUUACUACCCGCAAUCGCGCCCAGCCAGUCGCCAUCCCAGUUCCCAGCAGCGACGCCCAGGACCACCGCACGAAGGCCCGACGGUUGUAC